AAAAUGCGAACCUUAAUUUUGCUUGUGUCUUUAAUUGCGACCUUCCAUGGAGGUUAUUCUCAGGAAUACGUAUGCGAAAAUGAACAACUAACAUUAACCUGUGGCGGUGGUGGAGUUAUAUCCAUUGAAAGUGCAGUCUUUGGACGACUCAGCAGUACAAUUUGUGCUGACAAAAAUAUGAACGAUCAGAACUGUCAGUCAGCAAGCUCCACCGAUAUCGUAACUAAUAUUUGCAACGGACGUACGGAUUGUACCAUCAAUGCUACCAGCAGUCAGUUUGGAGGUGAUCCAUGCAGGGGAACUUCAAAAUAUUUGCAAACUACAUACAACUGUGUCCUUCCUGGUCAGUUGACUUCAAGCACCAGUCAACCCACUACUACCACUACUACCAGUACCGCAGCUCCAACUACCACUACAACUACUAGUGCACCCACCACAAAAUAUCCUCCAAAUGCUGUUACUACAACUACAUGCCAUGCCAAAAUUUUGAACAUCAAGUGUUCUUUGAAACAAAGGAUUCAAAUUUUGGACGUGUAUUAUGGUAGGAACUCUGCUAUUUGCCCAGCUCCUCUCAGCAAUCAAGGAACAGAGUAUUGUGAUGGUUCAUCUACAGCUUUAAAGAAAGUAAACCUAUUGUGUCAGAAUCACCAUUUAUGUGCAGUGGUUGUUAAUGAUGGAAUCUUAGGAAAUGACUGUGAUGAACUUGAUGUUUGGGGUUACCUCACUGUGACAUAUGUAUGUCAAUAAAGAAUAUAUGUAAUAUGUUCUUAAUUAAUAAAUAUUAGUAAAAUUA